AUGUAUCAUUUAAAGGAUAGGCAGAAGCUUAUAACAAUUUCCAAUGAUCUUCGGAUGUCUGGUGAUGUUCUGUUUUUCAAACCAUAUACUUCAUCUGACAUGGAGAAGAUUCUGACUUAUAAAAUCUCAAAGGAGACUACAUCGCGUGUUUUGAGUCCUGUAGCUAUAAAGAUCAUAUCAAAGAGGAUAGGACCUUCCGGAGAUCUAAGACAGCUGUUCAGAUACGUCCAAGAGAUUGUGGGGAGGAAAAUAAUAGAAGGGGGAUCCGCGGAAAUAGGCCCAAAGGAUGUAUCUCCUGAAAAAGAAAACAGAGAAGAGGGCCCGAACAAUAUACAUCACAGUAUCAUUAGCUCGAUUAUUGUCAAGAAUAAGAGGGCCUCAAGAAUGGAAGUGUACUCAAAAUAUCUCAGAGAAUGCCAGGAGAUGAGAAUUCCUUUCUAUGACAGAACAGACUUUAAUAUUAUAUAUGACAUAUACGCUUGA